AUGGCGUAUGUUACUGAUUUACAUGAUCCCUCAGGAUUGGGAAUGUUUUCUAAGGCCGGUAGAUUCACGUCUGAAAAAUACAUUAUAUUUUAGAGGAAAGAUGAAAUACUUUACAAUAAAAAAAGAGUGCUUAAGGUUUCGUCAUAUCCUUCAUUAGGAUUGGAAAAUAAAGUGAAUGAGUUUGAUAAAAAGAAGUAAGAUGACGCAAAAAAAGAUGAAGAGGAUAAAGAUAAAAAUAAAAAAGAAGGCAAUUAACCAUUUGAUAAGCAGCUUUCACGUGAGCGUUUGAAUUAGAUAAAGGGUAUUAAAAAUCCGCCUAAACCUGUUGGGUAUUAUCAUCCUAGAUAUACAGUUCUCGAAAAAUCACCUUAGCUAGUUUGGAACAUCCUUGAAGUAUAUAAAAAAUAAUAUUAGAAACCUAUUUCAGAAAAACCAGAAGUGACAUAUGAAGAGCUUACAUAACCAAUUCCUGAAAAAUUGCCACUUAAGGUUCAAGGUUUAAUUGAAUAUGGAAGAUCACUUGGAAGAGGUGACACAUUAAUGAACUAAAAAGGUAAUCCCCAUGAAAAUAGAUUUGAAACUAUUCAUCUAUCUUAAACUUGGUCAAAUAUGAAGAGAGUUCCUUCUUUUAACAUGAGAAAAACUAUUGGAAGAGAAGAUAAUAAAAUAUAUGAAAAUAAAGAAUUUGCACCAGAUUAUCACCCCAACUACGAGUUUGGUAAAAGAGGUUUAGGAAGUAGUGGCCCACUUUUCCAAAAAAUACCUUCUCGUAGGCCAUUCCAUAAGGCUGCUUUAACUCAUAAUGAAAAUUUCUACGAUUUCGAUAACUAUAAAACUAAAUCAGUUAUAUUUAGAAAUACCACUUGCCCAGACUUCAAGCGUUAAUUACCCAGAGAAAGAGAUCCAAAUUCUCCUUUGCCAAGUUUUAUGCAAAAAUUUGUAAACUCUAGAACUCAGCUUGUAAGUUUAAGUCAUAAAAUGUUAGAAGAAAAUAAUUAUAUGGAAGGCAGAUUCUAAAGUACAGAAUCUUAAUUUAAAUCAGUACCUAAAACUAAACCUAAAUAAGACGACGAAGAAUCUCAAGAUUCUAUUGUUUACGAUAACUAAAAUUGA